AUGAUGAUCCAUAGCUUGCCACUGGCACCAGCAUUAUACGUUUUCGGAGAUUCCUUGUUGGACAGCGGCAAUAACAAUCUGUUGCCCACGUUGGCUAGGGCUGAUUACCUGCCUUAUGGUGUAGACUUUGCCGAAGGAUCUACAGGAAGAUUCACCAAUGGCAGAACAGUCGCUGAUUAUAUAGCUGAAUUUCUUGGGCUACCAUAUUCUCCACCCUACCUGAGUAUAGAGAGACCACUUACAUCACAGCUUACUGGUUUGAACUAUGCGUCUGCGUCUUGUGGCAUCCUUCCGGAAUCUGGAAGCGUAUACGGGAAAUGCUUGAAUUUAAAUGAUCAGAUCGACUUGUUUGAAAGAACAGUCAAGUCAGAGUUGCCAAAGCAUUUUGUCAACGGCUCAAACGAGCUGAUCUCAGAGUACUUGUCAAAGUCCAUAUUUAUAUUCGCCAUAGGCAGCAAUGACUACAUGAACAACUACCUUGAACCCGAUAUCUACAGCACAAGUGAACACUACCCUCCCCAACCAUUCGCUCAACUCCUGAUGGAUACCCUCGCCCAGAGGUUAUAUAGUUUAGGAGCGAGGAAGGUAGUCAUGUUUGAAAUCGAUCCCAUUGGAUGCAUCCCAGCAUUUACAAGAACACAAAAGCACAACGGACAGUGUGUGAAUGAAAUAAAUCAGAUUGUCUCAUUCUUUAAUCAGAGGCUCCCAGCAUUGCUUAGCAAUUUGACGUCCACUCUCCAAGGCUCAACCUUUGUUCUUGGCGAAGCUAGUCUUCUUUCUUAUGAUGCCAUCAGAAAUCCAUCUAAAUAUGGCUUGGCGGACUCAAGCUCCCCAUGUUGUACAACCUGGGAAAACGGGACUUCUGGGUGCAUUCCAUUUCUGCUAACGUCCUGCCCUGAUGCAUAUAAACACUUCUUUUGGGAUGCCUUUCAUUUUACAGAAGCUGUUUCUUCUAUCAUAGCAGCCCGAUGCUUCAAUACAUCAACUUGCUCCCCAUUCAACAUUAAGGAGCUCGUGCAAGUUUAA